CUGAAAUCUAAGCCUCUAGAAAACUAAAAUGUGGAUGUCUUACCUGCAAACACCGACAGAUGUGUAUACAGUCCCAUCUUGGAGAAGCUGAAUCUUUUUAGAAGGAAGAAGUUAACCUUGGCUGUGAGUGUCUGGCAGGUACAAUGCUUUGCAAAAGCAGAUGACCUGGUGAGCUACUACUGACCAUGCUGACCACUAUCUGGAACUGGACUGAGUCAUGGAAGGGCGAAUGGCUUCAUCUUAUAAAAUGUCUGAACAAAGAACAAUCUCUGAGCACAUUUUACAGAAAACAUUUAACCGUUCUGGAUUAAAGACAGAAUCAGUAGCAGAGGAAAUGAAGCAGACUGUGGAGGAACAGGGGAAUACAGUGCACUGGGAAGCUCUCCUGAUACUCGUGGUGAUAAUACCCACCAUUGGCGGGAACAUUCUUGUCAUUCUGGCUGUUUCACUGGAGAAAAGGCUGCAGUAUGCUACCAACUACUUUCUAAUGUCCUUGGCGGUGGCGGAUUUGCUGGUUGGACUAUUUGUGAUGCCGAUUGCCCUCUUGACAAUCAUGUUUGAGGCUAUGUGGCCCCUCCCGCUGGCCCUGUGUCCUGCCUGGUUAUUCCUCGAUGUUCUCUUUUCAACUGCCUCCAUCAUGCAUCUCUGUGCCAUUUCCCUGGACCGCUAUAUAGCCAUCAAAAAGCCAAUUCAGGCCAAUCAGUGCAACUCCCGGGCUACUGCAUUUAUCAAGAUUACAGUGGUAUGGUUAAUUUCAAUAGGCAUCGCCAUCCCAGUCCCAAUUAAAGGGAUAGAGAGUGGCGUGGUUGACGCACAGAACGUCACCUGUGUGCUGACGAAGGAGCGCUUUGGCAGUUUCAUGCUCUUUGGGUCGCUGGCUGCUUUCUUUGUCCCGCUCGCGAUCAUGAUAGUCACCUACGUUCUCACCAUUCACACUUUACGGAGGAAAGCUUACUUAGUCAAAAAUAAGCCACCUCAACGCCUAACACGGUGGACUGUGUCCACAGUUUUCCUACGGGAAGACUCAUCCUUUUCAUCACCAGAAAAAGUGGCAAUGCUGGAUGGUUCUCACACGGAUAAAAUUCUACCUAACUCAACUGAUGAGACACUUAUGCGAAGAAUGUCCACAGUUGGAAAAAAAUCAGCCCAAACCAUUUCUAAUGAACAGAGAGCCUCAAAGGUCCUUGGAAUUGUGUUUUUCCUCUUUCUGCUCAUGUGGUGCCCCUUUUUUAUUACAAACAUAACUUUAGCUCUGUGUGAUUCCUGCAACCAGACUACUCUCAAAACGCUCCUGGAGAUAUUUGUGUGGAUAGGCUACGUUUCCUCGGGGGUGAAUCCUCUGAUCUAUACACUCUUCAAUAAGACGUUUCGGGAAGCAUUUGGCAAGUACAUCACUUGCAAUUACCGGGUCACAAGGUCAGUAAAAGUGCUUAAAAAGUGUUCUAGCACACUCUAUUUUGGGAAUUCAAUGGUAGAAAACUCUAAAUUUUUCACAAAACAUGGAAUUCGAAAUGGGAUCAACCCUGCCAUGUACCAGAGCCCAAUGAGGCUCCGAAGUUCAACCAUUCAGUCCUCAUCUGUCAUUCUCCUCGACACCCUUCUCACUGAAAACGACAGUGACAGAGCGGAAGAGCAAGUCAGCUAUGUAUAGUGAACGGGCCGCCCUCAUCUGACUGCGUGAGGUGAUGAGCAGGACGCACGCGCACCAGGAGAAAGGCGAGUGAAAACUCCCGAGGUUGUCCAGCUUCCUUAUCUAAACAAACUCAAAGCACGGGUAAAGUAGUUAUGUAUGGCUACAAACAAAAGCAAUCCCUACUCUGGUUUUCAAAUGGAAUAAAAUUAAAUAAGUUGAUAAAUUUCAGUCUUU